GUAUUGGAAAUGCUGGAGUCGGUCCAUGCAGAAGCCCAACCAACGUUAGUGUGGCCGCGUCAAUAAAGGUAGCUAAUGUAUCCCGGUCUAUGUGGUACCGUUGCAUACUAGAAGGAAGUAAGCAGGGCUUAUUGUCAAAACGAACCUGAGAGGAGCACCUUCCCUCGGUUUUUUUUGAAGAUGACAGGCUGAGUGGUCCUGUAGAGGCCGUUGCGAUUGGUACAUUGACAAGUAGCAUUUGAACGGGAGUCUGCUUUUUCACGACACCAUUUUUGCUUUGGGAGCUUUCCAGCGAUCACAGAGACAAUUUUCAUGUUCCGGAGGACUGGGGUUGCACGUUAUCACAGAAGACCGACCUGAACAGAGUUCGUCUUCGUGCCACGAUAUCACCCAGAAGACGCACCCGACAACGCAGUCAGACACAGAAACAGGCAAGCCCAGAAGCACAAGGCUUGAGCCGUUGUGGGUGAUGGAAUCAGAAAGGAAGAUGAGUUUUGCCGAAAAAGCGGUCGUUUCGUGCGUAAAAGUCGGAAUGGCGCUCGCGGUUGCAGGGUACUUAAAAAAUAUUGUGAGUCUAUCUGCUCAUUAUUACUAAUUAUUACAAUGGAAAUCGAAAUUCUUAUAGUUUAAUAUCCUAUCAAUCUAUCAUUUUUGUCAAUCGAUCUAUAUUUCCGGUUUCGGUCGUUGUCUUCGCAUUGAAUACACAUGCAUCCUAACAUUUUAGGUAUGCGUAUCAGCGGCUUUUCCUGAAUAGGAAACGUAGCGACCCGCCAGAGGAUAAGAAUGAAGAUAAUCAGACCAGCACGAAGCAGGAUAAUAGUUCAGGAGACGAUGCCGCUUCUACUAGAACAUCAGCGUCAUCCUGUUCUCCCAGUCGUUCAUCUUCGUCUUCUUCAUCGUCCAGUGUGUAUCGAAAAAAUUCUACCCCAGCUUCUGGUACUAGUACCGCACUCACACUACCACUUAGCGGCGCCGCCACAUCGUCGUUGCCAAUCAGCGGGUCAUUAGGGGACUUUUCGUCUAGCGGAGGCGCUGCUGGAGGACAUUACGUCGAUACAUCAACAUCGUCGAGUAGUAGCAGUAGUUCCUAUUUUCCUCUCCUGUCGUCAUUCUCGGGCAGCGUGGUCGGAGGAGGUGACGCAUCGUCUCCAACGAAAACGCCGUCAAGCGUCAAAUCAGCAUCAAGAGGGGGCGGAGCAUAUGGUAGCCAGGAACUUUCGAUAUCUGAGAGCAUGCGGCGAUCCAUAGCAUAUGGCCUUGGGGGCAGGAGUAAUGUAGUGCCUCCUCCUGGGGGUGGUGGUGGAGGAGGUGAGGUUAACGGUUGUAGUCCGAGUAAUCGACCAAUGCACCAGCCUUCAGAUGGUGGAAAGCCAGAUGGCCUUUUUUUCAAUCUGCUAGGGCUGUAUCAAGAUAUCCGAAAAUGACACCGACUUCGAUGGAACAUGCGAUUCUGCGAUUCAGUUGAUCUUUGAAGCUGCACUUCGUAAAAGUUACAUCGACCUUGAAACUGUUCCCUCUAUUUUCGUGUUGAUGGAUACCUUUCGCCUCACACAGGGAUUAUAUAAUGACUUUUUAUUAGCAUCAAGAAUGUGAAUGCACUUGUAUGCAUCAAUUUCUCGUCUGCGC